AUGCAACAUGUUAUGUAUAAGUCCCAAGGGAGUAAUGAUACGAAAAUAAAUGAUGACAAGAGCUCAGUGAAUAGUACGACCUCUGGGAGCUCUGUCCAAGGGAGCACUGGGAAGCCUGUUUGCCCGACAGUGUCUCCAAAAUUAGUGGGAUUCAUCAACGUAUCGCUGACUGCGCCACCGGUGGAUCUGCAGGUGAAAGACCAUCCACUGGUGCAGCAAGGAGGCCGGUUCCGACCGGCAGAGUGCCAAGCGAGGCACCGUGUAGCCAUCAUAGUCCCGUUUAGGGGCCGGGAGGCGCAACUUCCCAUCUUCCUAUAUAACUUGCAUCCAGUAUUCCAGAGGCAACAGUUAGACUACGCCAUUUAUGUAGUCGAGCAGGCAGGAAAUGGAACGUUCAAUAAGGGUUUGCUAAUGAACGUUGGUACGGUGGAAGCUCUGAAGAUAUAUAAUUAUCAAUGCUUCGUAUUUCAUGAUAUAGACCUACUACCAGAAAAUGACAGGAAUAUCUACGCUUGUCCAGAUCAACCGCGUCACAUGUCUGGAGAGGUUAACACUCUUAGAUACAAGAUACCUGCCCCUGAAUUUGUGGGCGGAGUUUUAGCGAUGUCUGUGGAUCACUUCAAGGCAGUCAAUGGCUACAGCAACAAAUUCCUGGGCUGGGGAGGUGAAGAUGACGAUAUGGGCAACAGGAUCGUGUCGAGUGGGCUAUUCGUCACCCGUUACCCCGCAAAAAUUGGCCGCUAUACGAUGCUUCAGCACAAGAAAUCGAAACCGAGCCCCCAUAGAUUCGAGAACUUGGAAAAGGGCAAAACGAGGUACCGAGAAGACGGCUUAAACAGCAUGAACUAUAAAACGCUGGACAUCCAGUUUCGUCCGCUGUAUACAUGGGUCUACGUUGAUGUGUAUCCGUCUUGA